AUGGACAAGAUCAAGUCCACUUUUGCGAAUCCGGUAGAGAAAUGGAGAAGGAGGAAUUCGGUGGAGCAUACUAAUAGAUGGGUGGGCGAACAUGACGGAUACGACAAUCGACCUUUGCCUAGGUUGACGUGGAAAGGGUUCUGGAUGGGUAUCUUGGUGUCGAUGGGAGGUUUUGUCUUUGGUUACGACACAGGUCAGAUCUCGGGUUUCCUCAGCAUGAAGGACUUCCUUCGCCGAUUUGGUCAGAGACGUGCGGAUGGAACACCAUACUUUAACAAUGUACGAUCGGGCUUGAUUGUCGCCUUGCUUUCUAUAGGUACGCUCUUUGGUGCGUUGGUCGCUGCGCCAAUCGCGGACUGGAUAGGACGAAAACAGAGUAUUAUCCUGUGGUGUGGCAUCUUCUCCAUCGGAAUCGUGGUGCAGAUUGCGGCGACAGACAAGUGGUACGAGAUCAUGAUGGGCCGUUUCGUUGCUGGUUUUGGCGUUGGAGCACUAAGCUUGCUCGUUCCCAUGUAUCAGGCUGAAACAGCACCCCGACACGUUCGUGGUGCCCUCAUCUCGACUUACCAGCUCAUGAUCACGUUCGGAAUCUUCCUCGCCGCAGUGUUCAAUUAUGCAGCCGAACUCCACCAAUCUGGUAAAGCAGCAUCCUGGCGGAUCACCUUGGGCCUCUCCUUUGUACCUGCAGCUAUUCUCGCAGUUGGAAUCUUGGCCUUUUCGGAAACGCCGAGAUUCAACUACCGCAGGGGGAAGAUCGAGGAAGCAACCAAGACGAUGUCGGAGGUGUAUGGUGUACCAACGAACCACUACAGUAUUCAGUUGGAGCUCGAAGAAAUGAGGGUUAAGCUUGAGGCAGAGAGUAAGGUAGUUAACAACCCUAUCCGGGAGUGGGUGGGUAUGUGGAUCGCGCCCAAGAUGGCGUAUCGAUUGGCGAUUGGGAUGGGUUUACAGAUGUUUCAGCAGUUGACCGGUGCAAACUACUUCUUCUACUACGGUACCGUGGUUUUCGCGGGUACUGGUAUUAAGAAUUCGUUUGUUACGCAAAUGAUCUUGAAUGGCAUUAAUUUCGGUGUGACCUUUUACGGACUGUACAUCGUCGAGCACUAUGGUCGAAGAAAGUCGCUCAUUGCCGGCUCCUGUUGGAUGUUCAUCUGUUUCUUGAUCUUUGCUUCCGUCGGUCACUUUGCCCUUGAUCGCGAGGAUCCAGAAAGAACCGAGAAAGCUGCGACGGCCAUGAUUUGCUUCGCCUGCUUCUUCAUAUUCGGAUUUGCGACAACCUGGGGCCCAAUGAUUUGGACCAUCUGCGGCGAGCUCUACCCAAGUCGGUAUCGUGCCAAGGCAAUGGCUUUGUCAACUGCUAGUAACUGGCUAUGGAAUUUCCUUCUUGCUUUCUUCACACCUUUCAUUACCGAAGCAAUCGACUUCCGCUAUGGCUAUGUAUUCGCCGGCACUAACAUCCUCGGUGGUCUCAUCGUGUAUUUCUUCGUUAUCGAAGGCAAGGGCCGCACACUGGAAGAGAUCGAUACCAUGUACCUCAUGGGCGUCAAGCCGUGGGAAAGCGCCAAAUGGGUCGUGCCAAGUCUGGAGGAAAUGAGUGGCGACAUGAGGCAGAAGCUUGAGGCGGCGAACCCCGAGCUGGCCAUUAAAGCAGAGUCGGAUGGCGCUGUGUUGAACAGUUCGAGAGCAGAUGAGAAAGAAAGUGAUGAAGUCAGGCGGACUGAGGACAUUGCGCCCGGUAUGAGUUGGGAAGGUGACACUCCAGGCCACCUGCGAGAGAGGCUAUCUUUCAGCUUGACUGGCAUGCAUCAUGGCGACGGCCUUUCUGGACACCAAACUCACCACAUGGACACCGAUCGUGGCGACAAGUUCGGCAAAGACGAGGAUGAUAGCCACGAUAGCGGUCUAGGAGAACACUCCUCGAACGCGCCCUCGGCCCAAGCUGGUGUCAGGCGUAUCGAAGCCGUCAGCAAGGCGUGGACAAAAACCUCACUCAUCAUCGCAUAUGUCACCCUUCUCAUCAUCGCUAAUGUCACUUCUCUUGAGAUUCAGGUCACCAGUCUCAUGGCGCCGUUUGCUACGAGUGCAUUUUCGUCACACUCUCUAGUCUCCACCAUCUACGUUGUGCAGGGCGUCGUCAGCGGCGCACAGAUAUUCUGGGCUGCGGGCUUCAAUGGACUACAGGUCUUGCAACAGAUCUUUGUAGCUGAUACGACAGAUCUAUUGAAUCGCGCUCUUUUCGCCACCCUGUUUGAUGUACCCUUUCUCUGGACUACUUGGGCAGGACCGGAAGUCGUGGCGUUCUACAUGUCGGUUUUCCCAUACUUCAACUCGUAUCUCCAGAUCGUGCAAGGCCAGUCCUUCGUCACCGCCGGCUAUAUCACCCGGGUCUUUACAUUCAGUUCUACUGUCUCAUCAAUUGUGGUCUCGCUUUUGAUCAAGUAUACGGCACACUACAAAUACUAUGUCACGAUAGGUGCGACCAUCUACCUCCUGGGUAUGGGCCUCAUGCUGGUGUAUCGCACACAAGACGCGUCUGUCGGCACCCUUGUUGGAACCCAAAUUGUUAUUGGCAUUGGUGGCGGGUUCCUCAACGUACCAGUGCAGCUCGGUGUGCAGGCAUCAGCUUCACAUCAACAAGUUGCAGCCGUCACUACCGUUUGGCUCACACUGCUCGAAGUUGGUGGUGCGGUUGGAUCGGCCAUAUCCGGUGCCAUCUGGUCGACCUAUGUGCCUGCAAAACUUCAGGAGUAUCUCCCAGCUACGAAUGCGGCUGACUGGGCAAAAAUAUACGGGGAUCUGACUGUGUCUUCUAAUUACACUACAUACCCACUCGGAUCUCCGGUACGGCUUGCUAUCAACCAGGCUUACCAGGAGACUAUGCGCUACCUCCUCAUCGGAGCUCUUUGCUGUGCGGCACCAAUCUUACCCCUGACGUUCGUCCUGAAGAACUACAAACUCGACCAGAUGGAUCAGAAGGUUGUUGGGAAUGUUAUCGGAAGUGCAGAGAAGAGAGAGAAGGGCAAGAGUUGGAGGUUUUGGAAGCGGUGA